AUGGUACGCGACUUCUUCUCCACCAAAAACCAAGCUGCAUUUCAUUUCCAGAUGGCUAAUAAGGUCAACAAUAUCAACUUGCUGUUAGAAGAAGUUUACAAUAGGGCAAACGAAAUUGGUCUGAAACCAGCAAGUGACGUCCAUGGUGUCGAACAUAUGGAAUUUAGGCUGACUGUACCCUUUAUAGAUGAUAGAGUAAUUGUGGGGAGGGAGCAUGAUGUCUCUAAAGUAAUUGAGAUGUUGCUCGCCUCUGACGUGGAAGAUGAUGAGUUACCUGUCAUUGCCAUUGUGGGAAUGGCUGGGCUAGGGAAAACAGCCCUUGCUCAGCUAGUUUACAAACAGGAUAAGAUUGUGAGCAACUUCGGUAGUGAGAGAAUGUGGAUUUGUGUGUCCGAUAUUUUCAAGGUUGACAGGCUGUUGAAUGAGAUGGUUGAAUCUCUUACUAAAAAUAAAUCUGACAUGCAAAACGUUGAAGCAAUUGUGGAAAAGCUUGGAGAAAAACUAAAUGGCAAAAAGUAUUUGCUAGUGUUAGAUGAUGUUUGGAAUAGAAGUGAAACCAAGUGGCAAUGCAUGAGAGAUUCUUUGCUAGGAAUUGGUGGCUCCAAGGGAAGCAAAGUUAUAGUCACAACCCGCGAUAUGGAUGUUGUAUCAACCAUGAAACAAACAUCUCCCUGUCACACUCAUCAUUUGUCCGGACUAUCGCUUGACUAUAGUUUGACCUUGUUUAGGAAAAAGGCAUUUGCGAACGGAGGGCCAAUAGAAACUCAAUCUUUGUUGGUUAUUGGUAGAAGAAUGUUACAAAGGUGUGAGGGUGUGCCCUUAGCAAUAAACGCAUUAGGAGGCGUAUUGCAGACUAAGAAGUAUCAAAGUGAAUGGGAGUCCAUUGAGAAGAGUGGAUUAUGUAGUGCACUUGGAGAUAGAAACGGAAUCCUACCAGUAUUAAGGCUUAGUUUUGAUGAUUUACCAUCUCCUUCUUUAAAGCGUUGUUUUGGUUAUUGUUCUGUUUUUCCAAAGGACAAAAUCAUAAUAAAGGAUAAGUUGAUUCAGUUGUGGAUGGCUCUAGGUUAUCUUCAGCCUCCUUCAAGAACAAAUUUGGAAGUGGAAGAUAUUGGUAAUGAAUAUUUUAAUAUCUUGUUGCGCAGGUCAUUGUUCCAAGAAGUUAAAUUGGAUGAGUAUAAUAACAUUAUAAGUUGCAAGAUGCAUGAUGUUGUGCAUGAUCUUGCUAUAGAGGUCUUCGAAGGAUUGCCAAAUGUGGUGGAGUUUCCGAAAGAGUUCCACAAGUUGGUUAACUUGAGACAUUUUUGUAUGGGUGAGAGUGAAGUGAUGCCAGCACUGAUAGGUGAUUUGACUUCUUUGCAGACAUUAAAUUUCUUUGUCGUGGGUGUGAAUAAGGGCCACAAAAUUGAGGAGUUGGGACGCUUAAGCAAGCUAAGAGCUAAAUUAAAGAUUUGCCAUCUCCAAAGAGUAAAAAAUGAAGAAGAAGCAAAAACAGCAAAUAUGAUGGAAAAAACAGAUAUCCAAGAAUUGGUGUAUCACUGGGCCAAUGGGGAUAGUAUGGAAUCGCACGUUGACCAUGAAGGGGUUUUGGAAGGACUUCAACCGCACAAGAAUCUUAAGAGAUUUGUACUCGAAUAUUUUGGAGGACAAAGGAUUGCCUCGUGGAUGACAAGUAGAGAUGCAUGUUUUCUUCAGAAUUUGUUGACAAUCAAAUUGAAGGAUUGCAGACAAUGUGAGCAAGUCCCAACACUCGGACAGCUUCCAUAUCUAGAAGUUGUUGAAAUUAAUGGCUUGCAUAAUCUGAAGUGUAUUGGUAGUGAAUUCUAUGGAUUGGAUGUAAGUAGUAAUAGUAGCAGCAGUAGGGCAGCAAGAGCGGGAGACGUUUUUCCAGCGUUGAGAAAACUCACUCUCGAUAAUAUCCCGAAGCUAGAAAAAUGUUGA